CCCACUACCAACAUUGACCAAAUCUGUUGAGUGUAACAAUAUAAACAGUAGGUGGAAGUCUUUGUUUCCGAAAAGAAAGCUGUAUUUUCCAUCCAUAGAUAGAAAUGAGGUUCCUGGGGUUCAAAUUUGCCGUCUUGUUGACGCUUUUGACAUGGGUUCAUGCCAUUGAGUUAACCUUUCAACUGGAAAACCAAGAACGACAAUGUUACCAUCUAGAAGCUCCAUUUACUGGUGAAAAAUGUCAUUUUACCUAUGCUGUUCAAUCUGGUGGAUCUUUUGACGUCGAUUACAUUAUUACUGCUCCAAGCAAGAAGACCGUCGCUCUUGGUAAGAAACGACGCCAAGCAGAUAUUUUCUUCACUUUAGAAGAAAAGGGAGAAUACGAAAUUUGCUUUGAUAACCAUAUGUCUGCUUUCACUGACAAAAUUCUCACUAUGGAGGUCGUUAUGGAAAAUGAACUAUCCAUGCCUUCGCUUAACCGUGAUUCAGCAAAAAAUUAUAACCCUAACAGUAUGCAAGCAACAGUUAUGGAGAUUUCUACAGCUUUGUCAGAAAUUGACCGUAUCCAAACCUACUUCCACACUAGGGAAAGCCGUAACUUUUCUACCGUUCGAUCUACAGAAUCUCGUAUCUUAUGGUUUAGCAUUGCAGAGGCCUUAAUGGUAGUGGGUCUUUCUGCUCUUCAAGUUUUUAUUGUGAAGACAUUCUUCAAACAUUCUGGCAGAAGGGGUGUCUAAGGGACGUCUAAACGAUCUUCCUUUAAAUGAAAUUUCCUCUUGGCUUCCCAAGCGAUUGCCGAAACCUUUUCAUUCUUUUUCUAUUCUCUAUUAAUCACGAGGAAAAUUUUGCAUAAUGAUACUAUUCUUUCCUGUACUUUACUUAGUUAAAUCAUGGUUUAUCCUUCAUUCUUGAAUUAUUAUGAUUAAGUUGAAUCAAUUAAAGUUCCCAAGGACUGUUGGAAAGAAUUGAAAACAAAAAAGAAUCUUUUUUUUUAUUCAAAGUAAUAUAGUUUGCUUUGUUACCAAUGAUUGGGUGUCAUGUGGAUUUAUAUAUUAUAUGUAUAAAUAUAUAACCAUCAGUAACUAAUCAUAAGUAAUGCUUUGUCUAUUGUAUCAAGCUAAAAACAAUCAACAAAAACGUAUACUUUGUCUCAUAAAACUUCGUCAAACAUAGUGAUACCUUUCCAUAAGCUCAUAGCUGGUAUCUUUUUCACACACUUUAGCAAAGUCACAUAUAUGAUAUUAAAAGUGUUCCUUUUCCAUAAAGGGUAAAUUUUCGACACAGUCAACAGGGGGUCUUCUAUUUAAUCUUCAGCCAUUUCGACAUCUGAUUCUUCAGCAGCUGCUUUAUCUUCCCUACCAGGGUCAUCAUCAUUAUCACUUUCUAGUCCAUUACUAUCAAUG